GGCCGUUAUAAUAUCUGUAUUAUAGAAUCACCUUGGUGGUUGAUAUUAAAUUAGUGAACAACUGUUAGUUUAAAACUUCUGCAAUGGAUAUUAUUAUUGAGGACGGCCAGGAAGAAUCUCCAGAUGCAGAUGUUGAAGAAUUGAAAGAAGAAUUGGAAGCAAUUCAAGUAACAGCAGAGCCCAUUAUUGAACCAACCAUACCCAAUAUUACAAAGGAGGACUUUUCAGAAUAUCCCGAGUCCUACAAAGACAAUACAAAUAAAGAAAAGUUAAUUCUGGCUUAUGUUGAGAACUACAGAAGACAAUAUGUUCAUUUAUUCAGGGACCGGAAACCUCUUUUCUUAAACCCAUUGAAUGAAUGUGGGAUUGAGAAAUUUGUGUGCACUACUUUACGUCCGACCCUGCUCUCAUACAAAGCUUUGUAUCACUGGCAAGGAUGCGCUGAGUUUGUGGCAGAUUACCUGACCAUGAAACAACUUGAACCCCCUCAGGAACUCCCAAUGUGUCUGUUCUCUCCUUCCACAAUACUUAAACGACAGUUAGGAAACUGUUUCGACUUUAGCAACAUUUUAUGUUCAUUGUUGCUGGGUGCUGGUUACGAUGCUUAUGUUGUAAGUGGUUACGCAACUAAAGAAAUUUGUCUCGCUGAUGAAUCAAGACAGAUAUGUCCAUUGCUGCAACCAAAGAAAGAAGUUUUAAAAGAAGCUGAAAAACCUGAACCUCGCAAAUACACCGUCAAACCCCCUCGUGAUCUUCGUAGCAAAUUCAUCAUAAAGAUGGAGGCAAGGAGGAAAAAGGAGGCAGAGGAAGAAGAGAAAAAGAAGCAACAAGAAGAGGAAGAAAGAAUUGCUGAACUUGAAAAGCCUCCACCUGAUGCAUUAUACGGGUUACGAAUCCAUGCAUGGGUUUUGGUGCGAGGGGGAAAAAGAGAAGUUCCCGAGGAUUUCUUUAUUGAACCCUUUACAGGUCAAUCUUACCCACCAUCCAGCCCAAGUUUCCUUGGUAUAGAAAGUGUUUGGAACAGCACCAACUAUUGGGCCAACAUGCAGAACUGCGCAAGUGGUUGCAAGGACAUGUCGUUUGACCUGAUGGACACUGAGAAGUGGGAGUAUAUGCUGGCGGGGUCGGAUCAAACCCAGAUAGAAAUCCCUGAUGCUGAGGAGGAGUUAUAUGAUCUUGAUGAUGAUGAAAAGGAAAACGAAGACGAGAAACAUCUUGAUAUGCCGGCCACAUGGGUCCUCCCUAUUUGUGUCACUAAGAAUCAAUAUGAAAUGAGGUGCCCGCAAGGAAAGAAAACAACUUUAUACAAAAAAGCGAAACUGGAAAAAUAUGCCAACUAUCUUCUUAAGGAUGGUUUGGUAACAAGAUUGUCUGUGUAUGAUAAUAAUGAACUUACCGACCUAAAGAGAGUUCAGGAAUCGUUCGAGAACAGAGAAGACAAACUCACUACCCGUGUUCAUCAGGGCGGUUUAAUAACCGAGGAUUUUGUGGAAGGUCGACCUCGAUCUUUACAACAACAUGUUUACAAGGCAAGCAAUCCUGGGCCAGAAGCAGAAAGAACAAUGACGUUUUUUCACAAAGCAAGAGUGGAUGGUUUAUGCAAGCGCGAGGAGACGCCCACAGAAAUGACGGAACAUUUUGUCAACCGAGACGAUUUCCUCUUUCUGCGCCAUGUCUUGUUUGGGAAGCGUCAAAAGAAAGUUGCACCAGCCACUGCUGAAGGCCCACCAAGACCUAUACUGAAAAUAACCGAAAAGUUUCAUCGUAAUGAUGCUCUUUCCGCCUCCAAGGAUGUUGAGGAGCAAAUCUUUAUCAUCCACGAGGAUAAGAUCCAGAUCACUUACCAUCGGGAGGAUCCCAACAUCACCGCAUCCACGCGAGACUUUUACAAACCGCCCAACGCUGAGGAAAAAGGAGGAAGCCUGCAGUGGUCAAAUGAUAUGACAAAUACUUUCCAGGUUAACCCUCAUGGCUCUCCAGCGAAAAAUCUGGCAAUUUAUGAAAAUCUGCUCCAACUUAUACAAACGGAACAAAAGAGUAUUCAGGCAGUCCGUUCAUCGGAAGAAGAGGUAAAAGAGAUCCUCAUGGAUCGACAAAAGGAGGAACUCGCAUCAGAGCUUGCAAUAUCUGUAUACGACACUGAACGGAACGAAAAAGCAAAGAAACACCGCAAGGAAUUAGAAAGGUUGGCCAUGGAAGAGAAAUUGAGACGACAAGAAAUGGAGAUGGAUUAUCUCGCUCCAUUCCUCGCUCAAAUUGGGAAUCCAGAUAAAAUAAGUAAAACCCAAGCAUUUAAACUUAAGGAGGAUUGCCUGGCUGACUUGAAACAGAGGUUAAUUGAUAAAGCCAACCUGAUCCAGCUACGAUUUGAAAAGGAAACAUCUGAACUUCACAAGAGACAGCAAGACUACCAACAGAAACAAGUAGCGAUGACGAAGGAAGAUGAGGAGCAAUACUUCAACUACUGCUCCGAAGCAAUGUUCAGAAUCCAUAUUCUUGAAUUGAGACUUAACAGACAUAAACAAAUGGCACCACACAAGUACAUGCAACUUGAACAGAAAUUACGACAAGAUCCAAGGCUCUCAGUUUACUUUUAAGAUCAUACAGCAAUACUUUCACUUAACACCUAACUUGUCAACUGUUGUAAGGUUUCCUUUUUUAGCGUUAAUGAAUUUAACAUUCAAGAAUAUUCACAUGUUUUAAAAAGUUUUGUCGCAUUUUAUUGAUAAAUACUUUUACCAAAUGAAACUAUGAAUCUAUUGCCAAAAGCAGGUUUUAUAGUUGUGAAAGGACGACACAUUUUUUAAUCAAAACAACGGUUUGUUAAAAUUAUAAUUUCGACACUCACGCAAUUUAUGGAAAGCUGAUUUUUUUGCUGCAGGAACAGUUUGAGUGUUACUAUUUGGUCGUGUAGCUUGCGUGUUUUGUUGCAGUUGUGCUAAGGCAGAGCAACUAAAUUCGGUGCAGAAGAGUCUCGACUACAAGUUAAAAAUGCAGCGAAACAGCUAUUAAUUGCUAUUUAGUGAGAUCUAAUGCGUAAUGUUUGAACAUCGUAUACUUAAAAUAUAACUACUCUUUAAGUACACGAUGGUUUGAAAGUCACAAACUACUGGAAACUAUGAUUGGUUGGUCGAGUAUUUGUAUAAAAAAUAGAGUUAAGUUUGCAGUAUUAUUUAGCCAGAGUAGAAGAUGGUGGUAAACAAAAUGUAGAUUGUAGAAUUGUAGAUCAUUACCAAGAAACAACAAACAGCAGAUCAAUGAUUAACACAGGUAAGUAGUAACUUAUUUUAAAAAAAAUAUUUGCAAGCUUUACUGUAAACAGGCAAUGCGUAUAAUACACUCCUUUUUUGCAUAAAAAUUUAAGUUGCUGAAGUGUUUUUAUACGAUUUUACUUGCCAUCGGCAUCGGGACUUACCCAUUGUCGGAACGUGGCGCGGAAUUUUGCAUCGGCGUCUUUGUCUAAUAACUUUAUUGACGAUUUUCCGCUUCAAAUUUGAAUAAGUUAGGUGUUUACCAACUGCAAUGCGAAGCACCAGCAUGCAGAAGCAUCAUAUAAUGCUUACUGGCUUCCCAGAGACAGAGAAAUCGUUGCUGAUUAAAAUAAUAAAAGACUUGGGCGGAUCUUACUGUUAUGAUCAAACGGAUUCUGAGAAAUUCCUUCCAGUUUGUACGCAUGUUGUUGCUAAGAAACCUUGUCGGAGCCAAAAGUUUCUCUGUGCCUGUGCAUCUGGUAAAUGGCUGGUGGUAGACAAGUACUUACUGGACAGUCAAUCUGCCAAGAAGUUUCUACCAGAAUUGAAAUACGAAUGGGGAAAUAUUUACAAAUAUGAUCAGUUGCCUGUAGAUGUGCAGCAGGCACCAUCAAGAUGGAGACAAGCGUUGAAAAAAGA